CCCCGCCGUGCCCACCUGCCUGUUCGCUGUCGCCGCCGCCACCGGGCCGCGGGGGUGGGGGAGGAUGGAGUCGGUGUUCGUCACGGUGGGCACCACGAGUUUCGACGAGCUGGUGGAGGAGAUCUCCUCCGAGAGGGCCGUGAGGAUUCUUAAAGACCUGGGCUACAGGAAGCUUAUUCUUCAGAUUGGCCGUGGAUUUGUUGAGCCAAAGCCUUCAGUUGGAACAGACUUUACUGUUGAGGUUUAUAGGUUCAAGGACAGCAUAGCAGAUGACAUUCGGAAUGCUACUCUUGUUAUUAGUCAUGCUGGUGCUGGAAGUUGUCUUGAAAUCCUUGAAGCAGGGAAGCCUCUCAUAGUUGUUAUUAAUGAGAAGUUGAUGAACAAUCACCAGCUGGAACUGGCCAAACAGCUACACCGUGAUGGACAUCUACUGUACUGUACUUGCAGCACACUUCGUAAAACAUUACAGAAAUCAGACUUCACAUCUUUGAAACCAUUUCCUUCGGGGCACCCUGAAAAAUUUGCAGCGCUGAUGGAUAAUGUUUUUGGAUUCCAACGACUGAAAUAUGACCUAAUCCGCAAAAUCAGAAGAGUGCCUUCGACCUUCAAGCUCGAGGGCACUCGCGGCUCUGCGUUGUUCAAGUAUAGUGCAGAGGGUUUUUUUUAUAAGCUUUUUUUUAAGGAAAAGAAUGGUCCUGCCCCAUGGCGGGGUGAAACCAUGCAGCAGGGGGUCAGGAAAUACUUUGGGCAGAAGUGUCUGAGUGAAGUGACCAUGGACGAGUAUUUGAGCAGCCAGGGACUCUACCGCAAACUCACCGCCAAGGAUGGCUCCUGUCUCUUCAGGGCGGUCUCCGAACAGUUGUUUCUGACACAAAUCCAUCACUUGGAGAUCAGAAAAACCUGUGUUACCUACAUGACGGUGAACCACUGCAAAUUUGAGACGUUUAUUGAUGGUUCUUAUGAAAAGCGCAUGGAGCGUUUGGCUGACCCCAAGGAAUGGGCCGGUGUCCUGGAGAUGAAUGCUCUCUCUCUGAUGUACAAUUGUGAUUUUCUCAUUUAUCGUUACCCUGGAAAGCCUCCCACGCAAGGCACCAAUAAUGGGUUUGAGAAGAAGAUCUUGCUAUGCUGCUCCAACAAUGGUCACUAUGACAGUGUCUUCACCAAGCAGUUCCAGGGCCUUGCCGCUGUGUGUCAAGCGGUGGUGUACGAGAUGCUGUACAGAGACGUGUUUGAGGUGAACGAGGAGGAGCUGCGCGCCGCAGUGGAACUGUUCCGUAGUCACGGCAAGAGGACCAGGCGAGCAAGUGCGUCUCAGGCCAGCGACGAAGCUGAACCUCUUGCUGAAAAGGCGGUGCGGUACGUCAAAUUUGACAAAGAAAACAGUGAACAAGAAAGUUUGCCAGAGGAGAAAUCAGCUCGGCAUGCAGCAGAAGAAAUGAAGACACUGGAAGGGCCGGCGAAGAUGCCAUUUCCCUUUAAAGUAUUAAAGGCACUGGAUUCGGAAAUUUAUCGCAAUGUGGAAUUUGAUGUUUGGCUUGACAUCCGAAAAGAACAGCAGAAGGUAGACUACAUGGUGGUUUCUGGAAGACAGUACUGUUUGGGGGAUAAAUGUCAGGUGAAACUGGAGCAAGGAGGGAAAUACUACAACGCUCACAUACAAGAAGCAGGACAGGAUGGCAACUCUGUGACCGUCUUCAUAGAAGAACUAGCGGAGAAGCACACUGUUCCUUUGACGAACCUGAAGCCCGUGACUCAAGUCACACCAGUUCCUGCCUGGAAUAUGGUUUCAAACAGAAAAGGUGGCAGCUAUCCGAAGAUACCCAGUGGCUACAUCUCGGAGUUGGUAAUCCUCCAUCUUGAUCCAAAGUCACGCAGGCGGUUUCUGAAGAAGAUGCGUGGGAAGCAGGUUUUUAUGGCGUUUGCCUGUGGCAGAGGACAACCCGUUCUACCUCCACGCCUGCAAAACAGCCUUCCCUCCGGACGAUCCGUGCCCAUCCCAUCGCCUCAAAACGGCCACUUUGUUCCCUACGACCAGUACAGGGUCCCUCCGCCCUCUCUCCGCAAUGGACGCAGCACCUACGCUCCAUCCAGGUCGGCAAAAUAUCGGAGUCAUGCAAAUCGAUACAUGAGUCAUCAUGGCUUUGAUCCUGAUUAUAUCUAUAGCUUUCCUGGCCAGGGGAAGAGAUGCUGUCAGCAUUACGAUCACUUCACCUACAGAUCACGCUCCUACAGCAGAAGUCGCCGUCCCUUUCAGUACGUUAACAAGGAUUGCCAGUACGGCUACAUACCAGAGGACGAGGAGUCUAGAGCAAUUGAAGAACCUGGCACUUUCUACGAAAUUGAGGAAGGAAAUGAGGCGGCUUAUCCUGCUGUGCAUAGCCAGUCGGCUUCCUCUCCAGUUGUGACUGCUCCGGGUGGCUACUGGGUAACGAGAAGAGGAAAGUUGAUCAACUCUUCCUCUGAAGAUGCUGAUGAGCCCGAUGAUGGAGAUUCUGGAUACUCUGAUCCAACAAUAUACAGUGCAGCCGAGGCAACAGCUAAUCUGACUAUUCAGGAGGGAUGCUGUGCCAUGGAGACUCCUCAGGACUGCCAAGUUGGCAUGCACUGCAGCUACUCCCAGCAGAUGUUGGCGAAUUCCGCAGUGAUCUCUGCGUCCACUUGUGUGAGCGCCGCCUCUGUGUGUUUCUCCUCUAACUCUGGGGAAGCGAGUCAGCCUGCGGUCACCUACACGACCAUGCCACAGCACGCCAUGCCACCGCCUCUACUGGUGCCGUCCCAUGCUGCCGGGAUGCCAGGUCCUCUUCCUGAAAUGGGUGAGGCGAUGACUUCUCCCGCUCCCCCGCCAUAUUCCUGUGAUCCCAACGGCAAUGACCUACCUCAAGAUAGGAAGGUGGUUCAGUAUUACUUCAACCUUGGCUUGCAGUGCUGCCACCAGAGCUACUGGCCGUCUGUGGUGUACAUGCCCCCGCAUCAGCCGCUGGAUGUCCAUCCAGUGUUCCCGGCAACCGCUCAGUUUGUUGAGCACUCGCCAGCGCCGCCACCUUACGGUGAUGGUGGCAGAAACGAUGAGCAUUCCAGUUCCUCUGACACCUCUUACAACGGCAAGUUGCGUCUUGACCUGAUGGGGGGAAAUGCGCGUGGAAAUGGGUUGCUGUGUUUGUUUUCUGUACUAAUGGACUGCCAUUAUUUUGCAGGUUACACUGCUGCAGAGGCUCAACCAGCCCCACAGUCGACAGUGUAUUAUCCAGUGCUGACGGACCAAUACGUUCCACAGCCUCUUUCUACCUACGAUCCUUGCAUCCCUGUGACAACCACACUUCACCAUGUUGGCCCUUGGUAUCCGGCAAGCCAGCUAUGUCCUAACUCCAGGAUUCAGACCACGACAUGCCCAGCCCUCCCCCCUCCGCUCAAUUACGUUGCAUCUGCCAGCCAGCCGACCCACUAUGUACCUCACUAACUUAUGGAAGUGCCUUUCUGGUUCCGCAGACCCAACUCCAAGCAGAUUGUUGACUUAAUUCCCUCCUUGCAUGGUGCACCCCACCCUCUAGUUUGAAUAUUUUCACCAGUCACGAUAAAAAAAUCUACCAUCUGACAUGUUUGGUGUUUUGGUAAAUGGGGAUUUUUCUCACCAAUUCUGUGUGUGCUUUUUUUCCUCGGUCUGGCUGGUAAAAUUCCCCAAGUAUAUUUGCAGACCAAAAAAAAUGUGCACCGGUUAAUAAGUAAAUGUUUCUCCUUCAAUACCACCUUCCCCACCCCCCUUCAAUCUUGAUCUUCAAGCGACAAGUGUUCAUGUUUUUUCUGUCACUGCACAAUGUCAACAGAAGUUCAACUUGCCAAUUUGAAGAUUGACGGUGAAUCUGGAUUCUGGCGAAGAACUCUUGCACCACGUAUAUUGCCUUCCGCAGGGAUAUUGUCCCUACUUGACAUUGUUUAAAUGAACAUGCCUUCAGUAUCACUUCUACCUCAACUUUGGUGUGUGCCUUGUCUUCAAGGCCUGUGUGUAUGUUGUCGUCCAGAGUCCAGCUCGGCUGAAAACGUUGACUUUCUCUUGGUUUGUUGGGCGACUGAAGAAUGUUUGGCACUGAUAUUUUUCUUUUUGUUCAAGACUCUUGAUGUCCGUGGCUUUGUUGCCAAGAAGCUGGUGUUAUUGUGGGUUCCUAACGUUGAAGCAAUAAAACUCGAGCACUGCAAACUGUUUCUGUGUCCGUGUGCUGCUUUUGCAGGUAAUAGACAAUAGGUGUGGGAGUAGGCCAUUCAGCCCUUCAAGCCAGCACCACCAUUCACUGUGAUCAUGGCUGAUCAUCCACAAUCAGUACCCCGUUCC